AUGCGGCCUUCAACAAUUACUCGUGUGGCUGGCCUUCGCCGGCUCAAAAGCUAUGCGACAGAUGGCACUGCCAGGCGAUGCCUGACAAUGCUCCAUCCCCCAAAGUUUGAGAACGAGAAGAUGUUCAACUAUGCGAAGGGUUCUGCCGAAAGAGCGCAACUCACCAAGACCAUCCAGCAAAUGAAGAGCGAAUUCCCCGUCACAAUUCCUCUACAGAUCAACGGAUCAGAGGUCGAAACAAAGCACUCUCGGGCUCAACUCAAUCCGUCGAAACACAGCGAGAUUGUCGCCAACUAUGCAUCUGCCACCUCCGAACAAGUCGACGCAGCCAUCGAUGCAGCAAUGAAAGCCAAACCGGCCUGGGAGGCUACUCCAUUCGAAGAUCGCGCAGCUAUUUUCCUGCGCGCCAGUGAGCUCGUCACUGGGAAAUAUCGCUCGGAAAUGGUCGCGGCAACGAUGCUGGGUCAGGGCAAGAAUAUCUGGCAAGCUGAGAUUGAUGCUGCAGCGGAAACAGCCGAUUUCUUCCGUCAUUAUAUCCAUGAGGCCUGGGCUCUCUACUCGCAGCAACCGAAGGUCCACCUAGACGGUAACUGGAACAAGAUGGAAUACCGCCCGCUUGAAGGCUUCACCUAUGCCAUCGCCCCGUUCAAUUUUACUGCACUCGGUGCCACAUUGAUUGGGCCCUCGGCUUUGAUGGGCAAUGUUGUUAUAUGGAAGCCAUCGGACUACGCAUUGCAUGCCAGCUGGCUACUUUACAAGAUCCUGGUCGAGGCGGGUCUUCCGAAAAAUGUGAUCCAAUUCCUUCCAGGUGAUGCCGAGGAGGUGACCAAUACCGUUCUCAAGAGACCUGAAUUCGGUGCCCUUACCUUUAUCGGCUCCACGGCUACCUUCAAGGGCCUCCAGAAGAAAAUUGGCGAUGCAAUCGGCCAAGGCGUCUAUAACUCUUACCCGCGCGUCGUGGGUGAAACUGGUGGCAAGAACUGGGGUAUUGUGCACCCUUCUGCGGACAUCAGGAGCGCCGCUCUGAAUACCAUCCGAGCUGCCUUUGAAUACCAAGGCCAAAAGUGCUCUGCCAAUUCGCGGGUCUAUGUUGCCGAGUCAGUGUGGCCAGAGUUCAAAAAGAUACUGACUGAAGAGACCGCCGCCUUGAAGGUGGGCAAUGUCGAAGAGUAUGGAAACUUUGUCAACCCAGUCAUCCACGAACGAUCCUUCGACAAGCUGAGCAAAUUCAUUGAGGACGCGAAGACUGACUCAGAACUCGAGCUUAUUGUGGGUGGCAAGGCCUCCAAGAAGGAAGGCUUCUAUGUGCAUCCUACUGUGUAUCGUACAUCAAACCCUAGCCAUGAGGUCAUGUCCCAGGAGCUCUUUGGCCCAAUACUGGGUGCCUUCGUUUACCCGGAUGCAGAAUGGGAGCAGACUCUGAAGCUUGUUGAUACGACAUCUCGCUACGGCCUGACAGGAAGCAUAUUUGCGAAGGACCCAUAUGCUAGUCGCCAAGCUCAGACCGUCCUCAAGCAUGCUGCUGGCAUGCUCUAUCUGAACACCAAGUGCACCGGAUCGACUGUGGCCCAGCAGCCCUUCGGUGGUAGCCGGGACUCGGGUACUAACGAUAAGACCGGCACCAUGGCACACCUCCAGAGAUUUGUUAGCACUCGAACGAUUAAGGAGGAGUUUGUUCCUUUGGAAAAGGUUGAAUAUCCGUCUAACGAGGUGUGA